GCCAGGAACCCGAGAGAAGUACUCAGCGACCUACUGGCGGUGCCGAUAUUUUAAGGCGACCCCGGCUCCGUCUUUUCUAGCGUCCUCGUUUGGUUUUUGCAAGGGCAAAAGCCAUCAGAGAUGUUCUGGGAGGGUGGUGGACCUGGGGCAGCUAAUCCACGGGGCGAGAGAAACGAAAGGGACGCGCGCACUGCGGACCUGGAGCAGCAGCUAG